AUGGCUGUACAAAUUGAAAAAUUUGAGUGCAUAUGCAAAAAGCUCACAGACGUGAAUGAUUCGCCAUCGGAAGCAGCAGUGGUGUCAAAAUUAUUGAGCAGUUUGCCGACAAAAUUUUCACCUUUCCGAAUGGCAUGGGAAUGUACUCCAAAAGCAGACAGGAAAAAGGAAAAUCUGAUUACACGAUUAAUCCGAGAAGACAAGCGCCUGUGCGAAGCUGAAGAAAGUGCGCCGUCAUUAGCUCUUCAAGUUCACGCUCUCAACCCGAAGAAAAACGAAAAUGGUGACAAAUUUGGAAAAGGCGCCACAGCAAUAUCUGCGAGUAAGAAAAAUAUAGAAGAAUUGAAGAAACGAACAAAAUGUACAUAUUGUAAACAGAAGGGACACUGGGUUCGAGAGUGUCUGAAGAAAUCCGCGGGAGAGAAAAAUUCGAAAGAGGCCCAGGCUAAUUAUCCUUCUAAAACGGCGAAUGCAUACAUCUGCGAUGUUACUGCGUUCUACUCAGGUACUUCCGACGAAGAACAGAAUGAAUGGAUAGCGGAUUCGGGUGCAAGCAAGCACAUGACGUAUAGAAGGGAUUAUUUCUCCUCUCUCAAGCCCCUCAGUGAAGGUUACUUCGUUAAAAUUGCCAAUGACAAAAUUUUACCUGCUGCUGGCAUCGGCACCGUUAUAAUCAAUGAAUAG